CACUUUUUGUUUUACAGCCAGCUAUAAUGGAAGUGAUUUAAUAGAAAUAUUGUUAAGGGCAAGGACUUUAGUAAUAUAUGCUUUUACAUAAGAUGAUGCAGCUAAUCGUUUUAAUAGUUUUGAAACAUCGAAAUGGCAAAAGCAGAUUUUUUAAAUAAAAAAAGAAUUAAAGCAUAAAAGAUAUGGUAUUAAAUGAGUUAUCAAUGAGUUCAUUGUUUGAGUAAGCUGGCUUACGGAUUUUACGUAGGUAGACUUCUAAGAAAUAAACGUAGAAUCUUUUAAUACAAACAUGUUAUGAUAUAAACACAUGAAAAAAAAUAUAAAUCACAGAAGAAGACAAAAUCGUUCACGUUCUUUGGUGAAUAUUGUAGUCACAAGAAUUUCAUAUAACAUUUUAGAAUGUUUCAAAACCAGAGUAUGAACUCGAACGCUACUCUUUACAGUAGACAAGACGUAUUUGAAUCUGCAGCUGCUAAUAUUAUGUUAAAAGUGUUGUACUUUUUUGUAGUUGUUUUAGCAGUAACAGCGAACAUUUUGAUUUUUUAUUUAUUAAUCAGAAAGAGAAUAAAGUCAACGAACUUUACUAUGUUAUUACAUCAUUUAUUAAUAGCCGAUACCCUUUCUGGUAUUUCAUUGUUACCUUAUGUUUUCAUUGAUGUUCACAAAUUAACGAUACGAAACGAUAUUGAAGGAACUGUAGUAUGUUGGAGUACAAUUGGUCUUUGCUUCUUUUACGCAACAGGGGGAAACCAAAUAUUCUUUGUAUGUUUCAUAAGUGUGUUCAGAUUGUUCAAAAUUAAAUGGAGAACGAAGGCAGCUGAAUAUUUUACUAAAAAAAACAUUCAGAAAGUUUCCAUCUUUGCUUGGAUCACUAGCGGAUGUUUAAUGAUACCAAACAUUAUAUCCUGGAAAUACAUGGCAAAAGAUGGAUAUUGCAAACGUCAUUGGAGUUAUCCAAUGCUUGGCACUGUAUAUACCUGCGCUUAUUUUGUUAUUGGGUUGCUCAUACCCUUAGUUGUUUUUGUCAUAUGUUACGUCUUGAUCAAAAAAACUUUAAAUGAACACAAAGACAGUCUAACAAUAGUGAAUUCAAGAGUAGUUCAAUCAUCAAAGAAGAUUACGAAUCUACUUCGCAUUCUGUUUUUAUCCUUUCUCCUUUGUUGGGCACCGCUUCUUAUAUAUUUCUUUCUGGCUACUACAACAAAUGUAUUCCCAAACGGCGUGAAGGGUGAUCGAAUUCGAUUAAAGUUCAUUCGGGUAGCUGUACUUGUAGCUGUUAGCAAUACAUUGUUGGAUCCGUUGUAUCUGUUCUUUCAAUUAAAGGAGUAUCGAGACGCUUUGAAGGCCUUGCUUAAUUUAAAACCAGCUAACACUACUAAAGAAAAUGAGAUAACAAUUGAAACAAUUGCAAGCAUCAACAAGAAAACUAACAAGUAAACAAACAAAAAAGUACACAAGCAAGCAAGUAAACAAACAAGUAAACAAAAAAACAAGUAAACAAACAAGUAAACAAAUAAGUAAAUAAGACAAGUAUCCAAACAAGUAAACAAAGUAAAACAACAAGUAAACAAGACAAGUAAACAAACAAGUAAAAACAAACAAACAAGCAAGUAAACAAACAAGUAAACAAGACAGGUAAGCAAACAAGUAAACAAGCAAGAAAAAAGCAAGUAAACAGGACAAGUAAAAAACAAAUAAACAAACAAGUAAAAAACAAGCAAAUAAACAAGUAAAAAAGACAAGAAAAUAAACAAGAAAUCCAACAAAAAAACAAACAAGUAAACAAGCAAGAAAAAAAGCAAGUAAACAAACAAGUAAACAAACAAGUAAACAAACAAAUAAACAAACAAACAAGUAAACAAACAAGUAAACAAACAAAUAAGCAAAAAAACAAGUAAACAAACAAGUAAACAAACAAAUAAACAAACAAACAAGUAAACAAAGAAGUAAACAAACAAAUAAACAAACAAAUAAAUAAA